AUGGGCAUACCAUCGCCAGACCAACCAAAGACGCAUGGUCAACCAGCAUUCUCGGAACAUAUUUUAAGGGUUGAGCUUGUUGAUCCAGAUCAUAACCAUCUGAGCAUUAUCGACGUACCUGGCAUAUUCAGAACCCCGACGGAAGGGCUCACAACGAACGAGGAUAUUGAUUUAGUCAAGCGAAUGGUACGACGCUUCAUUCAGAACGAGAGAACAAUCAUUCUCGCGGUUAUCCCUGCAAAUGUCGAUAUUGCAACUCAAGAGAUUUUGAACAUGGCAAAAGACGUUGAUCCGCAAGGACAACGUACACUUGGCGUUCUUACGAAGCCUGACCUCGUUGACAGAGGAGCAGAGAGAGAUGUGUUGGAAUUGAUGCAUGGCAAGAAGCACAAGCUUAGGCUAGGGUAUUGCAUGGUCCGGAACCGAGGACAGCAGGAGAGAACAAUAUGCACGUCUGAGAGACACCAAAAAGAAUCUCUGUUCUUCAGCAGCGGACCUUUCUCCCUGGUCGCUAAAGAUCGAAUCGGUAUUCCAGCCCUUCACAAGCGACUUCGCGAUCUUCUACAAAACAUUACUCAACGGGAAUUUCCUCACGUCAAACGUGAGAUCUAUCACCGAAUGACGGCAUGUGAAGCAGAAUUGCGCAGCCUCGGUCCUAGUCGCGAAAAUGAUUACCAGCAGCGCCUAUAUCUGAUCAACAUGGCCGUGAAGUUUCAGACUGUCACCGGAUAUGCUCUGGACACUCGCUACGGGACGGAUGAUCUUUUCGAUAACGGAAUUACGCGGCUCGCUACCAUCAUAGUGACACUAAAUGAUCACUUUUCAGAAGCGGUACGGAAAAAUGGAUGCACAGUUGAUUUCGAUAGCCACGCAACCCAGCUCUUGAAUUUGGGUGUGCCGCAUCAGCCCAAGAGCUCAACCAAAAAUCGUGCAUCGAAGUCGAAGAGUUCAGGGCUCCCUGCUCAAACACAGUCCACCUCGUGGUUUCCUGACGCUUCCUCCGGGAAAACAGCGACUGGGUUCUUCAACGUCAACGAUUAUCCGGAGCUAGAGGAUGUACUUUAUGAUUCUCGGCCAGGAGAGCCUGAAAUCACCGAAGAAAUAUUGAGUUGGAUUGAGGGAAUCUACAAAUCCUCAAGAGGAUUCGAGCUGGGAACCUUUGAUCCAUCAAUCUCCCCUUUACUCUUCAAGCAACAAACCAUCAAUUGGGAACACCUAGCUAUGGAUUACAUCUGCGAUGUGAUUCUGCAUAUCCAUGGGUUCUGCGAUCGACUCCUUGCUCACAUAUGUAUGGAAGAACGCACGAGGAAUAGUCUGUGGGCGGUUUUAAUUGAAGAUAUGAUUCCGAUUUACAAGAAGGCCAUAGAUCAGGUCAAGUUCAUCAUCCGAACUGAACGCGAAGGAAACCUGAUAACGACAAACCACUACUUCAGCGAGAACCUGGAGAAGGCUCGAGCGGAGAGGUUGAAGAAAGCAUCAGAGGAGGCGCCCCAGAUUGCAGCGACGUUCGGGUUGGUCAAUCUAGAGAAUGUGACAACAACAGACCAUCUCGAACGCAUUUCGGGAAUAAGCAACCUAAAGCACACCGUACAGGAUAUACACGACAUUCUCAAGGCAUACUACACAGUUGCCCGGAAACGCUUUGUAGACAACGUAUGCAUGCAAGCUACAGACUACCAUCUUGUAUCCGGACCUGAGACGCCGCUCAAGGUUUUCUCUCCUACUUUUGUUGGUAAUUUGACAUCUGAUCAGCUUGAAGCAAUUGCGGGGGAGGACGGUACCUCUAUUAAGCGGCGCAGGGAACUCCAUAAGCAGAUGGAAAGUCUGCGCGAUGGAGUAAAAGUUUUAGCAACUUGCUAG